AUGUUGAAGGCUGUGAGACGGAUUGGGAAGAAGAGCUUCAAGUUCAAGUACACUGUCACCGUCCACAGCUGCCAGGUUGUCCACACAGCCAAGAUGGCGCCGAUGCCGCUGAUGGUGGCGUGGACACGGGGUCCGCGCAAGGCCUUUACCCAUGCCGGGUUCGUCAAGGCGGGAGUGAUCGGGUGGGAGAGCGAGCUGUCGAUGGUGGCCACGCUGUAUCAAGAGUCGGACGGCUCGGGCUUUGAGAAGAAGAUGUACAAGUUUGCGCUGAAGGAGGAUCAGGGGAAGAAGGGCGGGAAGAAGACGCUGGCGGCAGUCGAGCUGGAUCUGGCCGAGUUUGCGUCAUUGGAUGCGUCGGCGGUGCGGCAGGCGUUUGAUCUCAAGCCGGCGUCGUCAAUGGUCCGCUCGGCCGAGCUCGAGCUGACCAUUGCUUGCGCCUUUCUGGCGAUGCUCUCGUCGGAGAUGGGAUCGGUCGACCACGACGGCGCCGGCGAGUCGCGCCGCGAGUCGCGCUAUCGCGAAGAGCUCCUCCGCGAGACCGAGGCAUAUGGCGCCGAUGGCGCCCGAGUCGCCGAGCUGGAGACGCAACUCGAGCUGGCGCAGGCCUCAGCAGACGCCGCCGCGCAGUCGUGGACCGACGAGCGCGCGGUCUACGAGGCGACCAUUGCCAAGCUCAAGAGCCAGGUUGCGCGCGAGAAGGCCAAGGCAGCUAGCAUCAAGGACGAGCUGGCCGAGGCGCGGGCGAGCGCAGGAGCAGCAGGCGGGAGCGGCGGCGGGAGCGACGACGGCAAGUACCGCGCGCUUGCCAAGCAACUCGAGGGCGAGGUUCGCGAGCUGGAGGAGGACAUAACGGCCAUCGAGGACGAGAACGAGGUGCUGAUGACCAAGUGCCGCCAGCUGGUGGCCGACAAAAAGGCUGCUGAGGCAGAGGCUGCGGCACUACGCAAGGAGCUCGUGGCGAGCAAGCAACAGCGCAGUGCGAGCAGCGCAGCCGAAGCCACCGCCGCCAGCAGCGCAGCCGAGCUCGAGGCGGCACGGCAGGAGGCGGCAGCAGCACGAGUCCAGGUUCGCGAGCUAGAGGCACAGAAUGCAGCGCUGGAGCGGCGGCUGCGCGCCAUGCCGCAGCUCGCGCGCACCACGUCGGCGUCGGGCCACAUCCGCGACAUCGAGAUCGAGCGCGAGGCGCUGGGCGUGGAGCUCGAGACCACCAAAGCUGCGCUCCGUGAGCUGGAGGGUGAGCUGAUCGGCGCCAAGAUGGCGUCGGCCGAAGCCGCCUUUGAGCUCGAGACGUUGCGCGGCGAGAAGCGCGGCCUUGCCAAGCAGCUGGCCAAGGCCAAGCUCGCCUACAACGCGCUCUCGGAGCGGAUGACCGAGAUGGAAGUCAAGUCGCUGUAGAAAGGGCGUGUGCGAUGAGGAAUACAGACAUUGAUGGCCGU